GAGAGAGAGAGACAGCGAACUUAGUAGCCUCUCAACCGUGGCCCGGACCAGUGGUGUGAGAGAGGGAGAGAGAGAAAGAGAGAGAGGGAGAACGAGAGAGAGAGAGCGAGAGUGAUACCAAGAAACCAAGAUUAAAGAAAGAGAUUAGAGAAAAAGAAAGAAAGAGAGAGAGAGAGACAGUUUGUGAAAGAGAGAGAAAAGUGAGAGAGGAAAAAGAGAGAUGUCUUUAAAUUCAACAUGAAAGCCAAUGUUUCUACCUCCUCCUCCUCCUCCUCCUCCUCCUGCUCCUCCUCUUCCUUCAUCUUCCUCCUCCUCCUCCUCCUCCUCCUCUCUUUAUCCAUUGUUUCCUAUAAAAAUUACCAUCAACCCAUACCAAGAGGCUUUUACCCUCACGCCCACGCCCACGGUGCCUAUGGGCGUACCACACAGGACUCAGACACAGAGUCCGUGCUAGUGUGGGCGGAGGAAGCGCACGCCCACACACACACGCACGCCCUCACGCACGCCCGCACGGAGAGGCAGUACCGGUGGAGGGCGUUCGGGCGUGAGUGGGCGGUGCGGGCGUGGCAAGAUUAUGGAGUCGCUGCGCCCUCCAUCUUGCUACGUGAGGAGGGCGUGUCUGGGGCGUGGGUGAAGCCGCCCACACCCGCCCACGCCCAUUGUCUCCUCGUGGGCGUGUUAGUGGGCGUGGAAGAUUCUGCAGUGGCCAUUAAUGUCUGCAAUGGUGUGAGUGGCGUGGUUCGAAGCGGCCGGUCCAUGUACCUCAUCGAACCAAUUAAAGCGAGUGAGCGAAUUAGAGAAAGUGAGAAAUUUAAAGAAAGUGAGAGAAUAAAAAAUAGUCUGGAAACACACAGAAACUAUAAUACUACUACUACCACGACCGCAAGAAACUCAAGUAGUAGUAGUAGUAGUAGUAGUAGUAGUAGUAGUAGUGGUAAUAGUAGUAGUAAUAGUAAUAAUCGAAGUAUAAUUACAUACCCAGUGUUUGAAAGUGGGUCAAAAUUACAUAUUUUUACGAAAGUGGGAAGAAGAAGAGAAGAAGAGAAGAAGGAGGAGGAAGAAGAAGAAGAAGAAGAAGAAGAAGAAGAAGAAGAAGACGAAGAAGAAGAAGGAGAAGAGAGAGGAAUUGUGAAUGAUAAAGAGUUCAGGUGA